AUGGGCAACGACAGCUCCAUCCUCGCCGACGGUUCCGCAAUGGUUGCGCCUGGCACAUCAUUCAACCAUACGCUCUUCGAAACAGCUCUACCGCCGCUACCUGUCUUCAGCCUCGAGGUCCAGCCUGACCUCUUGUCCUGGGUCUCCGACUUUUGGCUCAAUCUGCUGCUCCCUGUCGUCGUCUACUGGGCCUUGUCUCUCACCUUCCACGCCAUCGACGUACUCGACUUGUUCCCUCAAUAUCGACUUCACACCCCCGAAGAAAUCACAAAGCGCAACCACGUUUCCCGUUAUCAAGUCGCUCGCGAUGUUAUCAUACAGCAGAUCAUCCAAGUCGUCACCGGCGCACUCCUCGCCUUGUCGGAGCCCCCCGAGAUGGUAGGCAAGGGCGAGUAUGACGUUGCUGUUUGGGCUACCCGCAUUCGUAUCGCCCAAAGAGCUCUUCCGACUUUCCUCGGUCUCGUCGGCCUCAAUGCUACCGCCAUUUCAAAGGGUCUUCUCGAUUCCCAUCCCCUGCUGGCCGGGGCUAUCGCUGGUGGUUACUAUCCCUCUCUCGUCAACGCGAACUCGGAGCCUGCUUUCGCGUCCUGGGAGAUCACAUUGGCCAAGAUCAUUUACAACUUCAUGAUACCCGCCCUCCAAUACUUUAUCGGCGCCGCUAUCAUCGAUACUUGGCAGUACUUCCUCCACCGAUUGAUGCAUGUCAACAAGUGGCUGUAUGUUCACUUCCACUCCCGCCACCACCGUCUUUAUGUACCUUACGCUUAUGGCGCUCUCUACAAUCAUCCUGUUGAGGGUUUCCUCCUCGAUACGCUUGGUGCUGCCGUCGCAUUCAAGGUUACUCGCAUGACUCUUCGCCAGGGAAUUCUGUUCUUCUCCAUGUCCACGAUCAAGACUGUCGACGACCACUGUGGCUACGCUUUCCCAUGGGACCCUCUUCAGGUCGUUACCAGUAACAACGCCGAAUACCACGAUAUUCACCACCAACAUUACGGAAUCAAGACAAACUUUGCCCAGCCUUUUUUCACAUUCUGGGACACUCUUCUCGACACCAAGUACAAGGGCUCAAGAACCAACAAACCCAGCGAGAAGAAGGCCAAGCAAGAGGCCAAGGCCCAGUAG